GAAACAUCAAGGAAAAAGAUACGCUCGUAGAACAUUCGUAUCGCCAAUUUAAUCUAUACUUAUAUACCCACCCUUACGAUGCCGCAUAUCAGUAACGUCAGAUGUUUGAAGGUAUAAAUAAUUUCCUUUGACAGACCAGAUCAGAGAGUUGAGUGAGUUAUGUGCUUCGAAAGCAUCAUGAACAAAAACGUAUUAAUAUGGACGGUUAUCCUGGUUGGGUGUAUUGAUGAAGUAUUAGCCGAAAUAUCCUGCGAAAUAACAGAAGUAAAAUCGUCGACCCCGUCCGAGCAUGAUCUAAGCGAUUUCUACUAUGAUCAUGACAGUAGCGAAGUGUACGAAAAGUUAUACAGUUUUGCAAUAUGCGAAGGUGGUGAAGUUGACGCCGACUAUAAAAUCAAUAUCCACACAUCAGAAGAGUUGAAGUAUAUAAUAUUUCAGAACAGUAAACUCACAACAGUUCCCGUUCACAUAUUUGCAUCGUUACAAGGUGUUCAAGAAAUGUAUUUAAAUUCAAGUGAAGUGGAAACGAUUCAACCGGGUGCAUUUACUGGCCUUUCCAACUUAAAUCAAAUAUACUUACAAGAUAAUAAUAUUACAAAGUUAUCCGCUGGGAUUUUUAAUUCAUUAUCUAAGUUAGAAAUACUAAACGCGGCGAACAAUGUAUUGGAAAGUGUAGAAGAGCAUACCUUUUUGGGAGUACUUAAUUUAAUGAAAUUAGAUCUGCACAGCAAUAAUUUAAGUUACAUUUUACCGAAUACCUUUGCAAAUUUGCAAAAGUUGGAGUACGUAGACCUAUCACAGAAUUAUUUACUUGAAAUAACAUCCAACGUUUUUGCAACAAAUCAGCUGUUAUAUUUGAAUUUGUCUUGUAAUAGCAUCCAGAAUGUAACUUUCUCGCACUUGCCCAGUUCAUUGCAAUUUUUAAAUUUAAGUCACAAUGUUAUAGCUGAGGUAAGCAAUUUAUCUAAUCUUCUUAGUUUGUUACAGUUGGAUGUUAGUUUUAACAAAAUAACUCAAAUUUUUUUCGCCGUUCAAAACCAAACUGAAACAUCGGUCACUUACAAAUUGAUCGAUUUGGAUAUAAGUCACAAUCUAAUACCAAACAUAACACUGAAUUCUUUUAAUAGCCUGCAAGACCUUAUUAAACUCAACAUGGCGAAUAAUUUGAUCUCCGCAAUUUCAAUUGGGUCUUUAGACUACCUUCAAUCACUCAUAUUCCUUAAUAUGUCAAUGAAUAAGAUUGAGGAAGUAGAUUUUGGCACAUUUGGGAAUUUGGAACGUUUGAACACGUUAGAUAUUUCCAACAAUGGCUUAAGUAAUUUCCAAGAAAGUACCCUUCAUGGCACCAAAAAUCUUACACAUUUGUACUUAUCUGAUAACUUGAUAAAGUCUAUAGAUGCGCCCUACCUAAAGGCUCACUGUGGAUAUUUAAAAACCAUAUCUCUACAUAACAACCCAUGGAACUGUUUAAUUUUAGGCAAGCUGGUUAAAACGUUCGAAACAUAUCAAGUCACCGUUAUACGCGGACCUACAACAUUAGCACAGCACGUCAAUGGAAUACGUUGCUAUACUAACAACCUUACUGAGCCGCUCGAAUAUAUUAGCACAGCAGAGUCGACAACUAAAAAGUUUCUACUUCCAAAUAUGCCCAACGUCUCUACAUACUUCGACUCCCUCGCUGAAAAUAUUAAUACAACUUUUAAUACUUUCUUCAACAACUUUCAUCAACUUGAAGAUACACUGCGAAGUUCUUCGGUUCAUGCGUUCCCAAAUUUUGAAAACUUAGAUGCCCGCUUCAAAAGUACCAGUUUUUAUAAAUUUUUUACCAUCAAAUUUGAUCAAACGGAUUUUUUCCGUCAUACUAGCAAGUACUGUGCAAAUGCGGAACACGAGAAAGUCAAGAUUAUUCCAAAGCGCUUGGAAUCAAAUCCACCAAGUCCUUCGGACAGCGAUAAAUUUGUAUCUAGGUUAGAUGAGAUUCUAGGUACUUUUAAGGGCAAAGUUACCGUUUUCAUGAUACUGGUUUUAAUUGUGCUUGUUACUGUUACUGUCUUGCUUGUCUUAUUGUAUCUAAAGGUUCGCUCAAUCGAUAAAUGCAUGUUGUUGCAAAAACGCAAAGAAGAAAGCACGUGGUUCGAUGCGCAGUUGGAAUUGAUUUAAGAAUUGUGUAAAUCAUUUUUG